AGCUAGCAACCUAAAAUUGAAAUGUCAAAUUGCAUGGCGGUGCGUCGCUUUUUAGCAAAUCAUCGCCGAUUUUCCGCGAAUUUUACUCUAUUUACUGCAAAAAAUAACAGUUUACUACCCAAAUUAAACACAGGACUUAAGUGCUAUUUAAGGAGACAGCAAUUGUGCGCACACGCAUCUUCAUAUUCCACAUUCGUCUCUCCCAGGAAUAUGACCUUUGACUACCCUGAAGCUAGGAGAGAUGAGACUGUGGUGGACGACUACCAUGGAACUAAGAUAGCAGACCCCUAUCGUUGGCUGGAAGACCCUGACUCCGAGGAGACGAAAGCCUUCAUAGAGGCCGAGAACAACAUCACCCGCCCGUUCCUCGACUCGUGCCCCGUGAAGGCGGACAUCCACAGCCGCCUCACCGAGCUAUGGAACUACCCCAAAUACUCCUGCCCCUUCCGGAGAGGAGACAAGUACUUCUUUAUGAAGAACACUGGCUUGCAGAACCAGAAUGUCCUAUACAUCCAGGAUAGCUUAGACGGUGAAGCUCGGGUAUUCCUAGACCCUAACACUCUAUCCGAAGAUGGCACGAUCGCCUUAUCCGGUAGCCGCUUUACCGAAGACGGUUCUACAUUCGCCUACGCACUGUCGGCUAGCGGCUCCGACUGGAACACCAUACACCUGAAGGAUGUGGAAACAGGCCAAGACUACCCGGAGGUGCUAGAGAAGGUCAAGUUUACCUCAAUGUCAUGGACUAAAGACAAUAAAGGAUUAUUUUAUGCGAGGUACCCCGAGCAGACGGGCAAGACAGACGGCUCGGAGACGGAAGUGAAUCGAGACCAGAAGCUAUGUUACCAUCGUCUCAACACGCCGCAGAGUGACGAUGUUAUAGUCGUCGACUUCCCCGAAGAACCCUUGUGGAGGAUUGGCGCAGAAGUAUCGGACUGCGGUCGCUACCUACUGAUUUCACCGGUGAAGGACUGUCGCGAUAAUCUGCUGUUCUUCGCGGAUUUGUCCAAGACGCCUCAAAUCGACGGCAAGCUGCCAUUGACGCAAAUCGUUCAUAAGUUCGAGGCCGACUAUGAGUACGUAACCAACGAAGGCUCGGUGUGCAUAUUCCGUACAAACAGGAACGCGCCAAAUUACCGUCUCAUCAAGAUCGACCUCAACAACCCCGCCGAAGAAAACUGGGAAACGCUCAUACCGGAACACCCCAAAGACGUAUUGGACUGGGCGUCCGCAGUAGACAAUGAUAAACUUGUUAUACACUACGUUAGAGAUGUUAAAAGUGUCCUCCAACUGCAUAGUAUGAAGUCUGGCGACAUGAUGCAAGCGUUCGACUUAGACGUGGGCUCCAUAGUUGGCUUCUCGGGCAAGAAGAAACAGAGCGAAAUAUUCUACCACUUCAUGUCGUUCCUGACGCCUGGUAUCAUCUACCACGUCGAUUUCAAAAAGCAACCCUAUACGCCUACCGUAUUCAGAGAAGUGAAGGUGAAAGGGUUUGAUGCGUCGCAGUACGAGGCUAAGCAGAUAUUCUACUCCAGCAAAGAUGGCACCAAAGUUCCUAUGUUUAUAGUUUCCAAAAAGGGUCUGCCGCGCGACGGGUCUAACCCUGCGCUAGUGUACGGCUAUGGCGGUUUCAAUAUCAACGUCCAACCCAGCUUCAGUGUAACGCGGCUGGUCUUCAUGCAGCACUUCAACGGCAUUGUGGCCAUACCCAACAUACGCGGGGGAGGUGAGUACGGCGAGCGGUGGCACAACGCGGGCCGCCUGCUGAACAAACAGAACGUAUUCGACGACUUCCACGCGGCGGCCGAGUACCUCGUCAGCGAGAAGUACACCCGCCCCGGCCUGCUCACCGCGCAGGGCGGCUCCAACGGCGGCCUGCUCGUGGCGGCGUGCAUCAACCAGCGGCCUGCGCUCUACGGCGCCGCCAUCGUGCAGGUCGGCGUGCUGGACAUGCUGCGCUUCCAGAAGUUCACGAUCGGCCACGCGUGGGUGUCGGACUACGGCAGCUCCGACAACAAGACGCAGUUCGACUACCUGCUCACCUACUCGCCGCUGCACAACAUACAGCCACCUGACAAUGUGAGUCGGGCGGAAUACCCGGCGACACUGGUCCUGACGGCUGACCACGACGACCGCGUGGUGCCGCUGCACUCGCUGAAGUUCAUCGCGAGCAUCCAGCACGCCGUGCGCGGCUCCGUGCAACGCCGCCCGCUGCUGGCGCGCGUCGACACCAAGGCGGGCCACGGCGGCGGCAAACCCACCGCUAAGAUUAUCGAUGAACACACGGACAUCCUUUGUUUUAUGACGCAGACGCUCGGUCUCAAGUUUGAGAAGUAAUCGGUUGCCAUACUACCAGUCACAUAGUAUUAAUUGCAUCGAUCGAUGAUUGAAAUAGUAUUAUGUAAAUAUAUACAAACCACACACUGUCAGAUUACCUCGGGCCUCCGCCAGGAUGCUGGUGAUAUUGUUAUGCAUUGCUACUAUUUUAUAUUGAAUAAACUUUGUUUUUAUUUUUA